CUCAGUGCAGCUUGUGCACGAAUGUGUCUUAUUGCAUAGAGCUGUAUAUCAGUAUACAGUCAACUUUAGGAGUUUUCUAGGCACAGAAUCUUCAAACUUUACUGAAAAAGAUUUUCUGAGGUCAAUUCCUGUGACUGUAAUUCUAUCUGGGUGGAGGCUUAAUGCAUGGAGGAUGAAACACAGGAAGAAAUCCUCGGGCAAUUUAAAGAAAAGCGGCUCGGGGGAUGGGGUCUGUUACAGCUGACGGCGGGGACAGGACUGGCCGUCUAUGCCAUGUGGGCAGGGAUUCUGAUGCCUGGGUUUCGCAGAGUGCCUCUGAAACUACAGGUGCCUUAUAUACCAGCCAGUAAACGACAAGUGUGUAACGUUAUGACUCUGCUGAAGGGCCGCUCUGGGAAUCUUGCUGACUUGGGCUCAGGAGACGGUAGGAUUGUCUUAGAAGCAAGCCGACUGGGUUUCUCUCCUGCUGUAGGCUAUGAGUUGAACCCGUGGCUCCUCCGACUCGCAAGAUUUCAUGCUUGGAGAACCGGCCAUUAUGGGAAAGUCUCUUACAAGAGGGAAGACCUGUGGAAGGUGAAUCUUUCAGGCUAUGAGAAUAUCACAGUGUUCUUGGCUCCAAGUGUGCUCACACUUUUGCAGAAGAAGUUACUAGCUGAGCUCCCUGAAGAUGCCAUGAUUGUUGCUGGACGCUUUCCCUUCCCUGAUUGGACGCCAUGCAGGAUAGAAGGAGACGGUGUGGACAGAGCCUGGGCCUACCAUGUACAAGCGCUCAGAAAACACCAUCUGUCUUCAAAGGACAGCAAGUCAACCGAGCAAACCAGCUGAUCCAGGGGUCAUGUGACUUUUUAAAAAAAAACAUUUUAGAGAACAAAAUGGGACUUUCCAGCCCUACUCUUUUAGUGAUUUUAUGAUGGUUUUACUAGACAGUUUUAUUGCUGCAGAAGGAAUGUGUUGUAUACUGAUGUAACUUUCACUUUCACUAUUGCAUACUGUUCACACAUGCUUGUACUACUAUUGUAUUUAGAGUUUAGGAUGAUGCAGGAUACCAAACACACUUGUUGAUCUUCUGGUCAUGUGACUUGGUGGUAUCUGUAGCCACACUCAAUGGCCGGUUUAUUAUGUACUCCUAAAUUAUGAUAAUGCCUACUUCCCUUUUAGCAGCACCACACACUAAAAUGUCACUUCCUGUCAGUGUCUACUUUAUGCAAAUUACAUCUGGCCAGCAAUAGUAUUAUGGUGGUCAGUGACCACUGGUAGUUGGUGUACAGGAGGGCUAACGAGAGAUACUAUAGAGAGGCUAUAAUCAAUGUGCACCUAUAUAACGAUGUGCCUGAUAAAAUGAACAGUGAAUGUAUGUAUAAGCUAAGCAGAUCUAAUAAAGUAGCCACUGAGUGUAUAGUAUACUUGCGUAGUUUCCAGUAUUUACUUGACAAUAAAUAUAUAAUAUGUUUGUGUCUUCAUACUGAUACAGUAUUAUAAAGUACUCUGGUAUUUCAGGCAGAUUAAGUGAUAAAACUUGUUUACCGGAAGUGUUCCUUUUAUGUAAUGUGUAGAAGCCCCAAAUCUGCAUUUUUCAAAUGACUCUUUGUGUCUGAGUGUGUGUGUGUGUGUGUGGGUGAGUGAGUGAGGUCUUUUUGAAGCACCCAGGUUACUUCCUGCUUCUCUGUGUGACCUAAUUCAUUUCAUACAUGCUUAACAAAAAAUAAAUGAAUGUAUUUGA